GGCACUGCAAUGAGAGAGUGUCAGCAGAUGAUCUCAUGACAGUUCAAGCAAUCCAUUUCUGAAGACGUUCACCACCUUUUGCCAAUGAACACCCUCAAGUCUGCUGCACCCUCCCUAAAAGAACUGGAACAUGCUAUGGACAACUGCAGGAUGGAAUUAAAUGAGAUAGACGAAGUGUGGUCCAAUAUUUAUAUAGGCGGCAUCGUGAUAGCACACAACAAAGAAGAACUGAAGAGAUACGGCAUCACUCACAUCCUGAACGCGGCACAUAAUGCCUGGGGAAGCAAAGGAAACCAAGCCUUUUACAGCAGGGAAUUCUUGUACCAUGGAAUAGCAGCUGAAGACUCCACAGAUUUUGACCUGAGUGUAUAUUUCUAUCCUGCCUCUGAAUACAUUCAUAAAGCACUAAGUUCUCCAAAUGGAAAGAUUCUGGUUCACUGCAUUCUAGGUAAAAGCAGAUCGGCAACCCUGGUUCUGGCAUAUCUCAUGAUCCAUCACAAUUUCUCCCUUGCUGCUGCUCUUGAAAAGAUUCUGCUGAGUCGAGCCAUUUCCCCAAACCGAGGGUUCCUGAAACAACUGCAAGACCUGGAGCUGGAGCUGAGGCACAGGAUAAGUUUGUGUCAACUUCAGUAAUGUGAAGAAAGGAUCAAUGUCAAAUUAUAUAAUUGACAGCCUGUGUAGUUUAGUAGACUCAAUGUCAAGGUAAUUGUCCUCAAGUCCAAUUCUUUAUUUCCUGUCAUACAGUAUCAUCAUCAUCAUCAUCAUCAUCAUCAUCAUCAUCAUCAUCAUCAUCAUCAUCAUCAUCAUCACCAUCAUUAUAUGGCAAUGGACAUAAUUCCUUGCUUGCUUGAUCAAUUAAUAUUGAAUGCUCUGUUUAGUUAAGGUUAUUUAGAAAUAUACUAUCAUACUUUGCCAAGCUAUCUAAGCCAUCAUCAUCAUUAAUAGAUUAUUAAUCACACUGAAUCCAUCAUUAUAGUGAAAAAUAUAGCCCCUUCAUGACAGAUAAGGAAACUGAAACAGAAAGGAGGGGAAAUCACAUACAGUAGAGUCUCACUUAUCCAAGCUAAACGGGCCGGCAGAAGCUUGGAUAAGCGAAUAUCUUGGAUAAUAAGGAGGGAUUAAGGAAAAGCCUAUUAAACAUCAAAUUAGGUUAUGAUUUUACAAAUUAAGCACCAAAACAUCAUGUUUUACAAAAAAAUUAACAGAAAAAGCAGUUCAAUAUGCAGUAAUGUUAUGUUGUAAUUACUGUAUUUACAAAUUUAGCACCAAAAUAUCACGAUAUUUUGAAAACAUUGACUACAAAAAUGGCUUGGAUAAUCCAGAAACUUGGAUAAGCGAGGCUUGGAUAAGUGAGACUCUACUGUAUCAAAAAGUCAAUUGGGGGAGGGGGGGAACGUACUGCUCAAACACAAGUAAGUCAUUGUAGGAUAUCUCCCACGCAUGAAUUAUUGGCAACUUUGGAGUAAAUUAAUAGGUUGUUCUUAAUACGCUUUAGCUUCUCUUGUAACAACAAACAUGCCAUGGCAUCUUUUAUGGGAGUCCUUGCGUUUGUAUGUUGGUCAGAAGAUAGUUAUACAGCUGCUCAGGCCUUUCAUACAGAUUUCAUAACCAUAAGGAAAUCCCUAUCAUUUAGACUCCUGAAAUGUGGCGUGUAUAUACUUCCAAGGAAACACAUGUACUAUGAACAAUUUGGAAACAGGACACCAGUCCCACAAAUAGGGCAUCCAAAGUGUACCACAAAUGGCUUGGGGAUUUUUCCAAGCCACCGAGAGAGCUGAAAUGUAGCACACAUAAUUAACUUUAAGCUAAUUGAUUUAAGUCUGAAAAAUGACACAUUUAUUAUUCUUCCCUUUAAAAGGACAGAUGAGAAAUGUAUCUUCAAAAGUAAUUUGAUGAUAACUACAACCUGAACCUUGGCCUAUCUGAAGCUCAAGAAUAAUUAUAAGGGGGGCCGAGGGACCCGGGGGGGGGGGGUCUCAUAAAUAUCAGCUAGCUCAGAACAUACAAACGUGAGAUGCUUGAUUUUGUCUUAGAUUUGGAAGAGACACACAGUCAGAUGCAAUAAGAUACAUGCAACUAUAGUACUGUCAUUUACAAAUAUAAAGCUAUGAAGGUGGAGCAGAUAGUAUUAUACCACAUAUAUUGACAGUAUUAAGCAGAAUGGCUUUAGCUAUAGAAAACAUUGUGACAGUAGAAAUACCAUGUUUUAGCUAUGACAUCCCAGAGAUAACUUUGGGAUACUUGAAGAAUGUGCAAUAGUCAACUAAGACCCUAUUGAUCAGGACCCUUCUGUCCAUCAUUUAAGACAACCUCUAGAGCUAGUUAAGAUAAAAGUAGAGCACAGUUGUAUCAACAGCUACAUUUAGGCUCAACUUUCAGGAUCCACUCCUUCUAGGGCCCACAUCACAUGAAGACUUCCUUCUGUUUCUACACACUUUUAAAAUCAGAGUCCCAUGAAUACCAUCAGAUUUUGUAUGACUAUUUUUGGGUGUUGAUCAUGAUACUCCAUUUCUUAGAAAACUGGGCAUUUUUGUAGCCAGGUAGCUAUCAACUCCGGUCAUCUAUAUGCACUUAGAAGUGUAAAAAGAUGCAAAUGUAUAAUGGCAAUUGUUGCAUUUCUCCAUGUAAUUAGCAUUUUAUUAUAUUUACUUGUUGGUAUUCAAGUGGACGGUCUUAGGUUUUCCUCAGUUCUACUUGCUCCACAAGGAUGGACCCUUCAACAGUAAUUUUAAAAAAUAACUACAGUAGAGUCUCACUUAUCCAGCAUUUGCUUAUCCAAUGUUCUGGAUUAUCCAACAGAUUUUUGUAGUCAAUGUUUUCAAUACAUUGUGAUAUUUUGGUGCUAAAUUCAUAAAUACAGUAUUUACUACAUAGCAUUACUGCAUACUGAACUACUUUGUGUGUCAAAUUUGUUGUAUAACAUGAUGUUUUGGUGCUUAAUUUGUAAAAUCAUAACCUAAUUUGAUGUUUAAUAGGCUUUUCCUUAAUCUCUCCUUAUUAUCCAACAUAUUCGCUUAUCCAAUGUUCUGCUGGCCCAUUUAUGUUGGAUAAGUGAGACUCUACUAUAUAUGAUGAAAUUACCAAAAUGUCAUAAUAUUGAGUAUUUCCCAAAAUCCCGAGACUUUGCACUUCUGUUACUGUUUAGUUACCUUUUUUUUUGUAAAGGGGAAAAGAAAGUGAUAUGGGUGGAGACUACCUUUCUGUAUGUGAUGGCAAAUGAAGUAGGUGAUUGCUGUUGAGAUGGUUGGAGUCUAUAACAUGUGAUGUGGUAGACUAAAUUCUCUGUUUUCAAACAACACGGAAAGCCACAUAAUUACAAUAAGAAGACGGUUUCACCCGCUUUAUCCCCCAAAUGGGAUGAAGUCCUAAGAUAACUUGCAAGAGACCAAAUAGUAUGAUAUAAUGUUUUGCAGUUUCUGCCAUCAGGAAUGUGAUUGCUGAGGCAUCACCACUUUCUGAAGCAAUGCCUGUUAAGAUAGGUUUCCAUGGGAUGACUUCAGACAUGUGUUUUCCUUCCUGGCACCUGUUGGCUUUUGCAGUAAUUGGAUUACCAGUAAGAAAAGCUGAUUGAACAAUCUUUGAAUAAGCUCCACUAUUACUGCAAGGCUGCUACAUCUUGGCCAAAGAAAGACUUGGUGUCUUCCACAGGAUCCAGAGGCCUUGGAAGCAUAAUGGCCUGCCACAUCCAAAAGGCCACUGGAACAACAGGAAUAAAAAUUCUAGCACUUUCUGAACAAUCAUGGGACUCUUUUUCCACCCGAGAGAUUUUCAUGUGACUCCAGGUAUAUAGGUAUGUGAUAUAGGUAUAUAAACCAAAUAUUUAUUUGUUUAUUAGAAAACUUCUGUAAUGCCUUCCUAUAUCACCUUUCUCCAAGGACCCAAGGCAGUUUACAAGAACAGCUAAAUAUGCAACUAAAAUUUAAACCAUUAAAAUAAUCCCAUGCAUUCCUGUCAAACAUAAAAUUGUCAUUAAAAGGGGUAAAGACAUAUAAAAUUCUCAGAAAGAAAAAAUAUGAUUAUAAAGUGCAGAUUUCAGAUUUUUUCUAAAGGACAAGAAGGUGCGGGCUUCUCUUAUUGUUUUUGGUAGAGCAUUCCAGAAUUUUGGAGCCGCACCUGAGAAGGUACAAUCUCUAGACAGUUUUAAGUGUCAACUGUUCCUAAGCUUAGUGGAGAAGAGCGUAUCGAUACUGCAUCUUAGGCAUCUAGCUGGCUUGCAUUAAAGGACACGCUGUCUCAAGUAUUGUUGUAGCUCAGCCUGAGCCUGAGAUUGGGCCUUUUCAGCCAGUAAUUGUCCCUGCACCUGCUUUGCCAGAGGACUCUGGCUUUGGGCCUGACAUGCAGCCAAAGUUUGUUCCAGUGGAUUCUGGGACCAGAGACCGAAUGGUUGCAAGCAGGCAUUGUGAGCCACAUUCCUCCUAGCAGUCAAGGUCAAAUCUCCAGGUGCCAAAUGGAUAUUCUAGUUUAGAGGAAGAUAAUGAGUUUGACAGGAGGGAAGCGAUAACUCACCAAAGGAGGGAACAAGAAUGUUUGCGGAGAAGCAAACGAUUGCUUUUGAAGCGCUCUAAUGAGUAGUUUACUCAUGAGAGGAAGAGUUUUCUCAUGAAAGGAAGACCUUGGAUUUUCCUUAAAUGCCUGGUUCUUCUCUGUCAUAGCAGAGGUGGUAACAUUGCUUAUUCAAGAAAGAAGGAUCUUUGCUCCAUGUUCCUGUGUAUCCUGCUUCAAGUUCCAGCCUUGUCUUGGUCUAUGUUUCCAGUUGGAUUUCAGUGACUUUGCUGUUUGGUUUUUAUUAUGGUCAAGACCCUUGCCUUGUGAUCCUUCAUUGACUUAUACCUUGGAUUAUCUUGGAGUUAUUCCUGAACCCUAGUCCUGUCUUCCUGUGGAUCCUGGAUUCAUGCCUUGGAAAUACAGUAGAGUCUCAUUUAUCCAACACUCGCUUAUCCAACAUUCUGGAUUAUCCAACACAUUUUUGUAGUCAAUGUUUUCAAUACAUCGUGAUAUUUUGGUGCUAAAUUCGUAAAUACAGUAAUUACUACAUAGCAUUACUGUGUAUUGAACUACUUUUUAUGUCAAAUUUGUUGUAUAACAUGAUGUUUUGGUGCUUAAUUUGUAAAAUCAUAACCUAAUUUGAUGUUUAAUAGGCUUUUCCUUAAUCUCUCCUUAUUAUCCAACAUAUUUGCUUAUCCAACAUUCUACUGACCCAUUUACAUUGGAUAAGCGAGACUCUACUGUACUAUACUCGAUAUCUCUUAGGACUUAUUUUGAUAUCCAGUUCUGGACUAUGCUCUUUGAGUGGCUUUUAUAGACUCUUGCUUCAUGAACUUCAAAUACCUUGCUCUUCUGGAUUUAAAUCUAUUUUAUUGACUUAGAACUUUAUUUGCUUGUGCCUACUUAUAACCUUCAAUAAACAACUUGCUUGCUUA